AUUUAUCAUAGUGUUUAUCAUCGUAUACAGUUGCCUAGCCUGCUCCUUGAUAGCGUUUAUCACUAUAUAGCAGUAACAAAGAUUUAUUAUUUCUAUCCUUCUGUCAUUAAUCUGUGAUAAGGAAAAGAACUAGUGUCAUUUCUUUGCAAAUGCAAUUAAUUAGAUAAUAUUAUAUUAUUUUCUGAUGACAAAUCCAUAUUAUGUAAGUCCAAUUUGAAUGAGCUUAAAAACAACAUAACGUUGCUUUACAAGUACAAGUGCCGACAUUCAUUGAAAAGAACAAUCAAAUCGUGUUGUAAAUAAUAAUAACUUUGAUUAAACAGAAGUAAUAACAAAGUGACUCGAUCUUGAUGUUCUGCUGGACUGACAAUCAUGACACGACUAGGAGGCAGAGCCUCUUUAAUGAUCACCGUAAUGAUCAGUUUUACUCUGUUGAUUGUUAUUUAUCAUAUUCUCGAUAAUGAGGUCAAGGACAUCACAACCAAUAAAUUAAAUCCACAGUUUAAGAUCGAAGAGGUUUAUCCAUUGAGCGACCUGACCGAGAAUCCUCUUAGCAUUGCCAGAAAAAAACAAAUAGAGGCUCAAAUAAUGGGAAAAUUGAAAAGCGGAGGAGGAAGGCUAUUCAACGAUAUUAAUUAUGAAAGAUUGCACGCAGAAACAGUUCCCUUGUUUAAGGGACAUAAAAUCGUGCAUUUAGAUUUAAAAGGAGCUCCUCCGAAGGCAAGUUAUUACAUGUACCUGCUAAAUUUGCUCAAAAAUUUAGGUGCCACUGGUAUACUUAUAGAAUACGAAGAUAUGUUUCCUUUUGAAGGAGCGAUACAAAAUAUCAGUGCAGGAAAUUGCUAUACUAGGAACGACAUUGCAAAAAUUCAAAAGAUAGCCAGUAAGAAUAAGCUUAUAGUCAUACCGUUGAUUCAAACUUUUGGUCAUAUGGAAUUUGUUCUCAAGUUAGAUCAAUAUAAAGACUAUAGAGAAGUUUCAAGGUACCCGCAAGUUUUAUGCCCUACUUACAACAAAACUCUACCAUUGAUAUAUGAAAUGAUAGACCAAAUAGUAGAAGCACAUCCUGAUAUAAAGCAUUUGCAUAUUGGAGCCGACGAAGUUUAUCAGAUAGGAGAAUGUUCUAGAUGCUUAGAUACAAUGGUUAAAAGACAGUGGGGCAAGAAACAAUUAUUUUUGGAUCAUGUUUCAAAAGUGGCAAAAUAUAUAAAAAAUAAAUAUCCAGAUCUUGUUGUUCUUAUGUGGGAUGACGAAUUUAGAGAAAUAUCAUCCGAUGAAAUAAUAGACAGAGGUUUGCAUUUAAUGGUAGAACCUGUUGUUUGGAAAUAUACCACCGAUCCUGGAGCAUCAUUGACAGAUCAAUUGUGGAAAAACUAUGCAUCGGUUUGGAAAGAUAUUUGGAUCGCUACAGCUUUUAAAGGUGCUACUGCUCCAGAUAGAUAUUACACCGAUAUUGGUUAUCAUAUGGAAAAUCAUCAGCGUUGGUUGGAGAUUAUCAAUAAAUAUUCUACUGAAAUUAGAUUUAAGGGUGCGAUUUUAACAGGGUGGCAAAGAUACGAUCACUUUAGCGUACUGUGCGAACUUCUGCCAUCUGCUAUACCCUCGCUUGCUGUAAAUUUAGCCAUCCUGCAAGCUCCAGAUUUAUGUAGAUUCCCGAUAGAAGUACCUAGUUCGGUAUUACAAGCGCUAGAGUGCGAGGGCAUCAUUUCUCUAAGUAUUCCAGAACCUCAAUAUGGUUGGACCAGAUGUAGUUAUCACGGUGUAUCUAUUUAUGCUGCUAUAUUGCGGCUGUAUUCUUUGACUCAAGCAGUUAGUAAAAUGGAAGAGGAUAACACAUUUAAGGGAUGGUUGAAACCGUACAAUUUAAAAUAUUCUUUUUCAAAUCCUAGUCACGUAGAAAGAGCGGUUGCAGAACUGGAUAAAUACAAGACGGACAUAAAGUACAUUGAAAAAGAAAUAAGAACAGCUAUGGAAAACAUAUAUGACAAUUAUACUAUACAAGAAUGGAUAGAAACAUAUAUCGCUCCUUUGAACGAGAAAUUCACUCAACUGUGGGAGGCUAAAGAAAAGAUUUUAGAAAAGAACGUAUGGCCAAGAAGACCACUAACGAAACCUAUCUUAUAGUUUAAUGAAUGAAUAGUUUCCAUAACGUGUAAUAUGAGACUGAAGAUCGCACUAGAGUAAAAAAAGAAGCGAUGUAUUAAUCGAGACACUUAGAAUCUUUGUUUUAUAAAGAGACGAGUAAUCGAUGGUAUAUAAAGUUUACCAAAACUAUAAUUUUGCACGUUAUAUGUCUGAAUUAUAUAAAAUAUGCUCUAUAUCUCAAUUCAAGCGGGUGAUCAAGUUCUAUCGAUUGCACCGUCCGUAAAUUAGUUUUCCUUUUUUUCUUUUUUGAAUCGUCUAACAAACAUUCGAUCGAACGCUUGAUCAAUGAAAACUGAUCUUAAUUCGUGCACUCGAAGAGUGAACUAAUUAGAGUUUUUCAACUAACACUUACAACACUUAACAGAAUAUGGAUUUAAAAUUUGAAUUUGUAAUAUCGUAUAUAGUUUCGAUGAAGCGUUAAUUUAAAAAUUGAUCCUAAAAUUGAUUAAUUAUUCUAUCCUCUGAAUUGCUACGUCACUAAUUCCUAAUGAAAAGGGCUCCACUAACUUAGUUGCUAUUUAUUAACAUGUUUUACCGUUUAAUACUUCCAACGUGCAUCUAACAUUUAUGUUAUUCAAAGCUAAUUGUUCCAAGAAUACGCACAUACCGCGAUCUUGCUCAUUCUUGUUUGUUAAAUGACGUGUUCUUCCGUUGUAUGCAUUCUGUUUUGUAUAUUUGUUUUUUUUUUUGCAUAUAGUUUUGCAUGAUUAGUGCCAUUAACAAUUAAGUAUAGGAAAAAACCUGUGAAUCAACAAUUUAUAAAAAUAGAGAUACAUCUGCGAGUUGUUUAAUAUGGACGAACGAGUUUUCUCUCGCUCUUUAAAACGCGAAUAAAAAUUGAUUCGUUUACUAUCCUGUUUUACUUGAUCUUACGAUGUUUAAAUGCGAUUAUAGAGCUUCCUUUAUCCCGUGAUUUCUUCACGGAUUAUCUCUCAAUAUUAAACGAUCUUUUCCCACCAGCAUUUAUACAUGUAUGAUAAAAUUACCGAGGACUUGAAUACAAAUCUAUGGCAUGUACUCUAUCAACAGUGUAUGUACAUCACUGUAACGAACGAUGCUACUAUUAUUGUAAAAGUAUUUUUAACAUUGUUACGUCGAUCCAUAUUAACAUUAUUACCGCAAGUAGUAAGAUUUUAUCAAUAAAUAAAUUUGUUUUUAAAUCUA